AAUUUCUUCUUGAGCCAGUUGAAAAAAAAACAAAGUAAAAUCAAAAUUAACACUUAUUUGUUUAUUUCCAAAUAAAAUUUCGCACAAACAGCCAGCAACAGCAAGCUACAAAACAAACGCUUCUAAAAUAGAUUUAGUAUUACAAUCACAAAAACAAUGAUACCAACUGACAAUUUAACUAGAGCCAGUCUUGAUAACUUUGCAGCUUUUAAGAGAGCCUCUUCUUUUUCUAAUAUUCCUAGACCAAGCUCUUCUUCAAAAAAGUCUAAAGAGAAUGAGAAUUUUAUAUAAUUUUAGCAACAAUUAUAAUUAUAGUAACACUAAUAGCAUUAAAAUGUGCAUCAAUCAUAACUUUAGAUAGUUGGAUCUUCUGGAAAUCUUCAUAAGCAAGCUAUAUUAGUAAACUAGAUACCUUUAUCAUUUAAUUAGAACAUACAAAAUAACCAAAUUCCAUUAACACAGAGGACAAAGGAAAUAAAUAAUGCAUAAAUAACUGCUAAUACAGCACAUAUUCAAUAAAUUACUCAGUAAAAAUUAACUACGUCUACUUCUAACAGCUGCUAAAACACAGCUAGAAAUCACUCUUAGAAUUAAAAUGCAUCAAGCUCUAUUUCAGCAUCUAAAAUUAAUACUUAAUCUUCAUAUAGCAUUUCAACGAGUAGCAGAACUUCUUCAUAAAAGGCUCUUGGCCAUACAUAAAGCUCAAAUAAUCUAAGCAGUGCUUUAACUACUUCGAAUUCUUCAUCUUCUCAAAUGAGUGCAUUGCAACAGAAUAUUAGAUUAUCUCUGAACAAUAAUGCAACAACAUAAAUAGUUUAAAGCAAUAACUAAACUGGAAUAAAUAUUUCAAAUACGAUUAAUUAAAAUAAUUCUUCUCUUCCUUAAUCAACAACUAAAAAUCUGAGAGAAAUCUUGCAAAGCAGCACGACAAAACAAAAUAAUUUGUAUACACACAAGCAAUCUGCAUCUAAUAUUUAGAAUAAAAAUCAAAAUGAUGAAAAUAACUCAAAUUAUGCAAUUUAAAAACAAUUAUUAAAUUAAAAUCACAGUUCAAAGAGAGUUUUGACAACUCCAAGCACAAUUGGAUUGGAUGAAUCUUAUGGUUUAAAAGAUAUGAAUGUCUGUAAAAAAGAUAUUUUAAGAAUGUCCCUUACAAAAUAGAAUUCAGCUGGAACAGCAGUCUCUACUUCAUAAAAUAAUAUGAUUUUUUCAUAAAAUUAAACAAUGUCAAAUAAUAAAUCAUAUAAAGAAUAUCCUAAAUAGAGCAGUACUUCGCAACCUAAGCAAAGACAUUCAGAUAUAAUUGAUGGAGCUAGUUCAAACAAUUUACUGCAUUCUUAAUCUAUUUCAAAUGCUUUUGCAUAAAAUUUAGAAGAUAAAAACUUAACAACAGCUAAGAAAUCAAAAAAAAAUAUUAACUUUUAUAAAAAAGAAAUUGAAUACUACAGAUAGCGCGAAUUAGAGUACCUCUAAAAAAUCUAAAAACUGGAAAAAGAGAAUAAGAGAGUUGCUUAGAUAGUUUAGAAGAGUGAUCAAGAAGUAGUUCUUCUAAGAGAAGAAGUAACAGCUUUUAGCAAUCGUUACAACUUAAAUAACACAUCAAACACAAAAAUUGAAGAAGGUGAGCAGAAGUAGAGAGUUAUUACGCCUGCCUUCACCUCAUAGCAAAAUGCAUAAUAUUCAGAUAUUAGAAAUAUUUAAGUAAUGAAUAUUCAUCUUCAAGACUUAUAAGAAAAAGAUUAGCCUCUUUAGUUAAGUGAUUUAAAUCAUAAUAGCAAUCAGCAGGUAGAUGACAUCGAUUAUGCAAGAAAUCAAGAAAAGAUAAACAUGCUCUAGUCUUAUAGUGUUAAUUUGGAAUAAAAAUUAAAGCUUUUAGAAUAAAAUCUACUUUAAGGCACCUCCUAAAAUAGUAAAAGUAUUAGCAGUACAAAAUUGAAUUAAAAUAGAGAAACUUUGAAUAGUUGCUAUAAAGUACUAGAAUAAAAAUACACGCAAUUAUAUAACAAAGCAAAACAAUCUAAGCACGAGACAGAUGAUAUUUAAACUCAAAUACUUUACUAUCUUGAGGAGAUAAAAAAAAUCCCAAAGCAUCUUAAUCAAGAUAUAUGUGAAUAAGAUGAAGCGAAUGUAGCACCAAGCGCCUAAAUUGGUUAAAGUAGUAUCCUAAAGGUUCUUGGCCUUGGUAAAUAGCUAGUCUAAAAAGUUAGUAAUCAGUGA